CUAACGCCCGGCCGCGCCUCCUGAGGCAGCGCACGCGGGUCCCGUCAGGCAGGGAGGCCGCGCGCUUCUACGCGGCCCGCCCGCCAGCCGCCGCCAGCUUCAGCCAGGCCUGUCUCACCCUCCCGCGCGCUUUGCGCCCCGCCCCGCCCCGCCCCGGGCCAUGGCCAAGCGGCGAGCGGCCGAGCCGCUGACAUUCCACGUGCCUUGGAAGCGGCUCCCGGCCCGCGGCUUCGCGGAGGCGCCGCCGCUCUGGACCCCGCCGUCGGGCGCCCCGCAGCCGCCGCCGUCCCGGAAGCGCAGACUGGACGCGGGGGCCAUGGCGGAGCCGGCGGCCUCGCCGAGCAAGCGCCGCGGCAGCGGGGACAGCGGCGUCCCGGAGGAGCCGGAGGGCCGCGGCGGGAACACCAGCGAGCCGCCGGGCCGACCCCGAGGGCCGGGGGAGGAGUCGCGGGACGACCGGCCCCCGGGGGGCGGUGGCGACGUCGGGGCGGGGCGCGCCGGGCCCCGUAGGGAAGAGUGGGGGGCUGCGCCGCGCCAGCACGAUGAGGAAUUCUGGCAAUAUAAUACCUUCCAGUACUGGAGGAACCCUCUGCCCCCCAUUGAUCUGGCUGACAUCGAAGACAUCAGUGAGGACGGCCUGCUGGAGCCAACCCUGGAGGACAGGAGUGAAGGUGCAGAGAUGGACAUGGAGUCCUGAGGGCACCGCAGCAGGGGACACGCUGGGCUCCAGGAGACGGCGCUAAGUGGAUUUGCAUCUUCUGAAGGAAAGAGCUGUUUUCCAGACUUGGCCUGGUGUCCUUCCAAACUGAAAAUUCAGGAAAGAUCACCUUGAAGAGAAACCUGUGUACUGCUGAACUUUCCUGUAGGGAUUUGCCCGUGAUACAGUACAGUUGUAAGCAAAGUAUUUUAUGUGUGCAUUUUUAAAGAAAAGAGUUCUGUAUAGGUUCUAACUUUGAAGAAACUGGUGUUACAAAAGAACUCUAGCAGUUUUAGAAAUAGAUGAAAAAUGCUCAAAUCUUCCUCCUUUCUAUACCAAAAAGUUUAUUUGUGUUACAUUAAAUGAAUAUCAUUUUAUAAUUGUUAAAAGAAUACUUUGUAAUACAUCUUACUGACUUUUUAGUUGAACAAAAAGCAGACUUGAACAUCUAUGCAAACCUAAAAUGUGGAGGGUUUUCUCUGAAAGCUAGUAUUGUUUCAGAAGAGCUUUGUAAAUGAAAAGUAGAAUGUCCAUUUGAGUGGCAUGUUUUAACUAAUGUACAGUGUUUGAUGUUUGGUGAGCUUUACUGUGGGCAGUCUACAGUAGACAAAGCAGAUUUUGGUUAGUGUGUAUCCCUCCCCCUUUCCAAGACAAGAGGAAAGAAAUUUAUUGUAUGACCAGUUUUUUUGGUUUUAAAUUACUUUGAGGGCAUGGAUUUGAUGGCUUAUUACUUUAGACCUGUAGUUCUCCACACUGACUGCACUUUAGGGUCCCCGCUGGGCCCAGUUCUAGAGAGAGGCUUGAUUAUUCUGAGCGGGGCCCUUGAUAUGUCUCGUGUUUCCUCUGUGUCUUUACCGAGCAGACAGGUUGAGAAUCGUAGACUAAUGGUAGUUUUUCCUGUUUAAAGGAGAUAACUAAUAUGAGUGGAAAUAAUGCCUGUUAAUUAGCUUUGUUUUUAUUUUGCUCCUUUGAUAGCUUUGUUACAACUAAGUUAUUUUGUUGCCAUUACUAUCUCAUUGUUAAAAAUAAAGUAGGCAGUUUGUGUUUGAGUGAUAUCCAGUAUUAUGACUAUAUUAACUUUUGUACUCUAUCAAGAAUGUUGGUUUUCUGUUUCAGUAACUUCUCCCUACUUAUGUAUUUGUUGUUGAUGACAUUACAUCCAAAAUUCAGAAAAGAGGAUAACUGCCAAUGAGAAAACUAUAUUGUGUAUACCACAAGAUUUAAGUGAGUUAAGAUUAAUAAGAGAACUGAAGGCAAAUAUUGUGGUACACAUGGUUCAGAAUCAUAUACUGCCACUUCUUAGCUAUGUCACAUUGAGCAAGUUAUUUUCCUCUCGAGGCCUCAGAUUUCUUACCUGUAAAAUGAGAAAUAAUAAAUAGUAUCUACCUCAGA